UGGAGAGAAAACUUUGAGCUGGCAGAACGCUUUCUUUUUAUAUUAUAAUUAGGUCAUUAGGGCAAUAACUAUUCUGUCAACGCGGAAUGUUAUUUUUAUCAUGGUGUGAAACCAGUGGAAUCUGCAGCAUUAUAACAUUCAUUGGCGGAGCCUGAGGGGUGACGGCAUGGCAGAGGGUGAUGAAUGGAAGGAGAAGUAUAUGGCCCUCGAGGCCCUGCUCUUCAAAUUCCGGGGACAGAUGAGUGUGAUCCGGGAGCUCACGGCAGAAAAGAUGCAGCAGUUGGAGACGCAGAUGUUGGAAACAGAGCAUCGAGCGUAUGAAGCAAACCAGCAGGUGCAAUGGAUGGAAGAACGUCUAAAGGAAUCAGAUAUCCAGUCAGCAGAUUCAGAGCUGAGGCUGUUCAGACGCUGUCAAAAUCUUCAAGCGGCACUGAAGGAGAAAGACAAGCUCAUUGCCACCCUAGAGCAACAGCUGGAGGAGCAGAAACAGAACCGAAUCCAAGAUGUCAAGACCGUGGAAGAAAAAGCAGCCAAGAUCAAAGAAUGGGUUAUGCAAAAGCUGAAUGAGUUUGAUUUAGAGAAUGCCUCUUUAAGAGAGAUCAACCAGCAACAGGAGUCUGAGAUACAAGACCUGAAAAAACAACUGCAAGCCAUGGAGCAGACUGUGGGUUCUGGUGGCUUAGUCCAGUCCAGUGUGGGUGAGGCCCAGCGGCUCAGCAGUCUGACCUUUGGCUGUUUCCAAAUCAGAGGGAAGAGCCCUCAGGUACUGACUGGCCUAGAACCAUCCCAGAGGAGCAUCAGCACACUGAUGGAUCAAGACUGCAGAAGACUCUCUACUGAUUGUGGAAUGAAACAAGGACCAGAAAUCGAGUGUGUUGCCCGUUACUCUAAGUUGGUGUCUGAGGAAGAGGGUGAAAAAGACAUUACGGGUGGCAAGCUGUCUCGCGGCGUCUCCUCUGUGCUCUCCAGUGCUGCCUCUGAAGGGGACAGGAGUCUGUUUGGAGGUUUGCGUUUUAGCCGACCCACCAGUGAGACGUAUCUUACCGCCUCUGACGACAGUAGCUCGCUGUUCGAUGAUGACAUGCAGCAUGUGGUGUGUUCCAAACUUUGCCUGCCUGGCCCCAAGAGUGCUACGAAGAAGGUGGACAUUGACGAUGGCUACUCCGAUGAUCUGAAUAAACGCUUCCAGUCCCAAUGUCUGGAUUCCUCGUCCUCCUUCAGUGACACAAACACUCCCAGUCCCAUCCUAUCCGCAGCUCUCACACCAAAGCGGCCCACCCCUACUCAGGACUCUCAUGACACCCCAGCUUCGUCCAAACAACCGCGUCUACGCAAUCCCAGUGCGUUUAAUGUUAGUUUGGCAUUGGUCAAGAAGCAUCUAAGCCAGCCUCCGCUGUACAGUGAAGCCACGCGUGGGAGAACACGGAAUGCCAUCAGCAUGCUGCGUCCUCUUUGUCCUCAGGAAAUCGACUUGAACCAGGAGCAGAAGAUGGAGACGGGUGAACGUGAACAUUCUGAUGUGCCUUUAGAACCACCAGCUGAAGUGCCACCUGAAGAAACUGAAACACCAUACGUCUCUGCAGCCGUACCUGGGAUUAAACCCCCGACUCCUCCCCUGCAUAGGCUGCCCUCCUGGGAGAGCAGAAUCUAUGCUGUGGCAAAAUCUGGAAUUCGUCUUUCAGAGACGUCAUUCACAGGUGUAGCUAAUAAAGACUCCUCCCACCCAUCAUCAUGCUCCGCCUACAUGCUCUACACAUCCCUCAUCUACAGGAACACCAGCACGCCUGUCUUCACCACACUCAAAGGGAGGGCGACGAUUUUAAGCAAUAGUCAGUUCUCUGAGGAGUCGUAUAGUUCGGAGGAGGAGGACAGUUCAGAGGAGUGUCAGUCUGGAGAGGAGGACAGCUCUGUGUGCAGCUCUAUUACAUCUGCAUCAGACUCACACAAGAGCAGCAGUCAUGGAAGCCCCCGCUCCCUCAAGAGAGCCGUGUCAUUGUCUUCUAUGACAUCUGAAAGUGACUACGCCAUCCCACCUGAUGCGUACUCCACUGACACUGAGUGCUCUGAACCUGAGAACAAACUACCUAAGACAUGCUUCUCCAGCACUGACAACGGCAAGAGUGAGUCAAUGGAGAAGUCGGGGUACCUGCUGAAGAGGGUCAAGACUUGGAAGAAAACCUGGAAGAGGCGCUGGUUCGUUUUGAAGGAUGGGGAGCUUUUGUACUUCAAGUCACCUAGUGAUGUCAUCUGUAAACCCCAAGGUCAGAUUGAGCUCAAUGCUUGUAGCACCAUAGCUCGUGGUGAUGGGAAACAAAUGCUUCAGGUGGUGACAGGUAAGAGUGUAUAUAAUCUUAAGGCAGAUUCUCCAAACCUCCUGGAAGAGUGGCUGAGGGUUCUGCAAAGCAUACUGAGAAUCAAAGCUAGUCCACUCUUCACAAACCCUGACGUUAGGCCCGUCAUGAAAGGACACAUGAUGAAGGUGAACAAUGGCUAUUCCAAACAUGUGUGGUGUGCGCUGUUUGGGAAGAUGCUAUACUACUUCAGAAGUCAAGAGGACAAGUUUCCUCUGGGUCAGAUCAAAUUAUGGGAGGCUCGUGUGGAGGAAGUUGAUAAGGCAUGUGACUCAUCUGAAGUAUCUGCUCAGUACACUCUCUCCAUUCAGCCAGUGAGUCAGUGCCCAACAUACCUGCUCAUUGACUCACCUCAUGAGAAGACGGCAUGGCUGUAUCAUCUGUGUGUGGCAGCGGGCACUGCAGUGGGGCAGGUGGGCACUGAGUUUGAGCAGCUGGUUGGUACACUGCUCAAUGUGGAGGGAGAUCCAGGGUCUCAGAUCUGGAGACACACAACAUUGUGUUUCACUAAGGAAGGACUGUCCUCUCCACUCAGCACACUACCCUCACAGGCUCUACAGACUGAAGCCAUAAAGCUCUUUAAGACAUGUCAGCUCUUCAUUAAUGUGGCCAUUGACACUCCAGCCAUAGAUUAUCAUGUGACUCUGGCUCAGUGUGCCUUGCAAGUGUGUCUCACCCACCCAGAGCUGCAGAAUGAAAUCUACUGCCAGCUUAUAAAACAGACACGCAAGAGACAACCACAUGGACAGCCUGGGCCCCUACAGGGAUGGCAGUUCCUGGCUCUGUGUGUCGGUCUCUUUCUGCCCACACACCACAUUCUUUGGCUUCUGCAGGUGCAUCUUAAAAGGCACGCAGAUUCAAGGACGGAAGUGGGAAAGUAUGCCAUCUAUUGCCAGCGCUCACUGGAGCGGACACAGCUGAAAGGAGAUCGGAAAGCUCGUUCUUCACGGAUGGAGAUUCUAUCCAUCUUACUUAGAAACCCUUACCAUCACUCCUUGCCUUUCAGUGUGCCCGUGCACUUUCUUAACAACACAUACCAGGUUGUUGGUUUUGAUGCUUCAACCACAGUGGAGGAGUUUCAGAGCCGACUGAACCAGGACACAGGCAUGAGGAAAACUGGUCAAACUGGUUUCAGCCUUUAUUCUGACGACCCCACUGGUAGAGACAUUGAACACUGUCUGCAAGGAAACCUGAAGAUUUGUGACAUUAUUGCAAAAUGGGAGCAGGCCUCGAAGGAGCAGCACACAGGCAAAUCAGAGAAUGCUAGGACGGUCAAACUCACGUAUAAGAACAGGUUAUACUUCUCCCAGCAGACAAGAGGAGAGACUGAGAGAGAGCGUUUGCUUUUUGCAUAUCAGACAAAUGAGGAAAUCACAGCAGGUCACUUCCCUGUCAACAAAGAGCUCGCUCUAGAGAUGGCCGCCCUGCUAGCUCAGGUCGAGUUUGGGGAUUUUGAGCAUCCAUUCUCUAGUCCAGGUGCACAGACUAAGUCUAAUCAGACCCUGAAACAGGUUCUAGAGCGCUUCUACCCCAAGCAUUACAGACACACCUGCACCGAGGAACACUUGAGGCAGUUACUGCAGAGGCUUUCCACCCGCUGGGCAUCUCUGAGGGGUCGGAGUUCAUCAGAGUGUAUACGAAUCUACCUGACUGUUGCCCGGAAGUGGUCCUUUUUUGGAGCCAAACUAUUUGAGGCUGAGCCUGUAACCUCAUCUCCACAGCAGAACAUGAGUGUGUGGAUGGCAGUGCAUGAAGAUGGAGUCAGCAUACUGGAGUUCAACUCCAUAAAAGUACUAGCAUCUCAUGCUCAUAAAAACAUUGUGACAUUUGGGGCGUGUGGUCAGCACUUCAUGCUGGCAGUAGCUCUGGGUCCUAGUACCAACACGUCCAAAGAUAAGGCCACUGAGAAGCAUCUGUUUGCUAUGGCCCCCUCUAAGGUUCGUGACCUGACAUUGCUUGUAGCCAGUUACAUUAACAGCACCCAACAGCAAAAAGCAGCAGCCCACCACCUGUCUGCCCCAGCCCUGCUGCUGGCCCAGUCUGGAGAGCUGAAGAGCAAAGAAUCAAGGAGCAAGUCUCCACCAGCGGCCUGCAGACCCAGUAAAGCACCCACUCUCCUGUAAUACGUCCAUUAUUGGACUGUUUUUAUGUUAGUGGCUGGACUACAGAUUUUGAAGGAUUGUGCUGUGACUUCCUGUUGGGGCCAAGGGUGACAUGGACAGUUGUUCUUAACACAAAAAUGGGAGAAUCUCAUGAAAAACAUGCCCAGGUUACGUUUCACCCCAAAAUUUAAAUUAUAUUUUGCUUAACCUCCUGAGACCCAGCCGUGACUGCUGUGUGCAUUUUCCAUUUCCCUUUUUGGUUUGUAACUAGUAGCACUUAACAAACAUAAAAAAUACAAAAAUACAAAAAAAAUGUAUUGCAAAUAGUCUUUCUAAAAAUUCAUACCGCUGUUCACCAAGUUGUGAAAUUUUAAAUAAUACCAAGCUAUAGAGUCAUUUUUUUUUUUAUAUCAAACUGUUUAUUAUGUUUUCAGAAGUGUUGGUUAUUCAAGCACACUGGAGGUUAAGUCAUUCACUAAAUAGGGAGCAUUCUAUAGCUCUAUAUGCAGCUAAGUACAUUCACUCCUAAUAUCCAACCAAAAGUUCAGUUUCAGAAUUUUAGGAGUGAAUGCACUUAUCUGCAUAGAAGUAUUACCGUAUUACCGUACAAUAGGAUGCUCCCAUGCUUCCUAUUCAGUGAAUGACUUAACCUCCACUGUGCUGUCUGUCUGCACUGGUUUCAGAACAUUUCAAAAUGCAACUUAUUUUCACCCUAACUCCAUAUAAAUCCUCUGAAAGCAACAUUUUCCAGCUUUUGGAUGAACCUAUUGAUUCUCAAUGUAAUAAUGCCCAGAAAAUAAAGGAACAAAUUUGCUAAAGUACACAUUACUGUACAUUGUAUAUGCGUUUAGGUUCGGGAUAAAUCACUCAAAUUUUAAAAAUGGCAUAUCUGCUGAAACUAGAGACUCUAAUCUUUUGACUCAAACAAGUUUUAAUGUAAAUACGUAAUUAGGUUUCGUACCAGAUAUAGUUAUGUUGGCCCAUUGUAGCGAUAAUAUCACAAUGCAAAAGUCGUAAUGGUCCUAAUAUAGGCUUUGUUUUCUUCAAACAAAAUAGUUUCUUAUUUCUUUUUAAUGGUUUGAGGAUGAUGUUCACCUACAGUAAAUACACUUUGUCAUGUCAAUAUGGUACGGUAAUAAUUCUGUACAAAGUUUAAUGUUAUAAGACAGAAAGUUUUGGGCUCUAUGUAAAAACUAAUGCAUUUCUUGU